AUCCGCUGGUCCCGAAGGCAACAUCCAUACGGACACGUGAGAUAAUAAAUAAAGACGGAUACAGCAAGCUCGUCCACAACUUAAACUAAGGCGACUUGAAGUGUGUUGACAAUGGCGAAUCCCAUAAACCCUAAUAAUGAUUUUGAAGUCAUGUCGCCUCCCAAUGAUUCCGUUUCAGCAAUGGAGUUUAGUCCGGCCACGUCGCAGAAAACAUUUCUCAUUGCGGGUAGUUGGGACUCAACCGUACGUUGUUGGGAAGUCAAAGAGAACUGUCAAGCCGAGCCAAAAUACAUGUAUUCUAUGAACAUGCCAGUAUUUGACGUCUGUUGGAACGGUGACGGCACCAAGGUUUUCAUGGCAUCUUGUAACAAUCAUGUGGAAUGCUGGGAUUUAGAAGGAAAUCAAACAAUGCACGUGGCAACUCACGAUGCACCCGUAAAAACUUGUCAUUGGGUUCAAACACCACCUUAUAAUUGUAUUAUGACAAGCUCGUGGGAUAAAACGUUAAAGUUUUGGGAUCUUAGAAAUCCAAGUCCCAUAUUGAAUAUUAAUAUAGGCGACACAGUUUGUUGUGCUGACGUKGAGUAUCCAAAUGUGGUUAUCGGUACGGCAUUAAAUGGUAUACUUACUUACAAUCUAGAUUUAACUGAAAUGUUAGUGGAUUGUUCAAACUCUCCUUUUAAUUCUCGAACUCGUUGUGUUUCAAUAUUCAAAGAUAAGAUAACGCAAGUUCCUAUUGGUUUUGGUUUGGGAAGUUUAGCAGGAAAAGGAGCUAUUUUUUCAAACUUCAGACCAGAAACAACCAAAGCUAUUUACUCAUUUGAUUGCCACUAUCGAAAUAUCAUGGGAAUACCACCUAUGCGAAACAUUUAUCCCGUUAAUGAUAUCAAGUUUCAUCCAAUCCAUGGUACAUUCGCAACUGUGGGAUCUGAUGCCACAUUUGCAUUUUGGGAUAAAGAUUCACGUACAAGAUUGAAGAUAUCCGAGAUAUUAGACCAACCGAUUACAAAAUGUUGUUUUAGUAACAAUGGUCAAAUAUUUGCUUACAGUUCUGGAUUUGACUGGUUAAAUGGUCCUUCCAAUUAUGAUCCAAGUAAAACGCCGCAUAUAUUUUUAAGAUCGUGCUUUGAGGAAUUGAAACCAAAACAAACAACUUAA